UUAUAAAAUUUUGUAAAUAAGUGAUUUUUCUCCUUCACCAAUGUACGCUAAUGAGGCUGUGGUGAUGGGCACUGAUAAGGUGCACUGAAGGACACUGAUAGGUGGCACUGAUUGGCAACACUGAUAGGUGGCACUGAUUGGCAUUGAUAGGUGGCACUGAUGGGUGAGACUGAAGGGCAGCUCAGAUGGGCACUGAUUUGUGGCAUUGAUGUGCACUGGUAUGCACUGAUAUGUGGCAUUGUGGCACUGAUGGGCACUGGUACGAGGCACUGUUCAGCUGGCACUGAUGGACUCUGACUCUGGACUAUA